AUAUCUCAAAGUCCUCAAUUUGGGAGAAGAAAGACAGCGAACUAGUAGCACCAUUGACAGAAAGAGAGGAAUGGCAACAACCAGCUCUUCCAUCCUUGCAGCCACAAUCCUCGUCUUGUUCGGAUUAACUUUUGCUGCGGCGAAUUGGGAUGAGGAAGCACCCACGUCGGAGCUGAUCCAUGUCUCCGGCAAGGUCCUCUGCCAGAACUGCCAGAUGAGCUACAAGGACUGGAUCAGCGGCGAACGACCCAUCAAAGGCAGCACGGUGUCGUUGACAUGUAUGGACGACCGGAAGCGGGUGCAUCACUACGACAGCGACGUGACCGACGAGCGAGGGGAGUACGAGAUGGUUGUGAGCAAGUACGUCAACGGGAAGCGAUUGAACGAGAAACAAUGCUUGGUCAGGCUCGUGAGCUCCCCUGAUUCCGACUGCAACGUCCUCACCGACUUUGCCGGAGGGAAGUCCGGCGUCAAGCUCAGCCAGCCUACGUCAGUGUACCGUGGCACCACCAAGUACGACGUCGGAUCGUUCUACUACACGCACCCGAGGUGCGAGCGCCCUGAGGUCGGCGAGUCUGAUGGCAAGUCCGGCGGUGAUGAUGAUCAGGAGUAUUACCGUUACCCUGAAACCAAAUACUGAUCCUUUCUGGUUUGUGAUGUGGAUUAGUCCACCAUUUUCAAUGAGUUAACUCGAAUGAUUUUGUAACGAAGCAAUUCUUAAUUAAUGAUCGAUAUAGUGAUUCAAUGAAUCUUGUAUUAUAGCCGACUACUUGAUUGGAUUAAAUCAUUGGGAGAGAUUUAACAAGAGCCAAAAUGCUUAUGAAGUUUGAUCAUCUCGGCACCUACUUAAUUAUAACCAAAUUGACGGAAUUCCGAGUUCAUGUCCUGAAAUGAUCAGAAUGAGAAACUCAAGGGGUCAAAGUUAACCUUUUCCGUUGUUCCCCUGAAGUUAUCCCGACGAAAUGGAAGGCUCAUUUUACCGCCAAAAACGUGGCAGGGGCCGGGAGCCACACGUGGGCGCCCACCAUUCAAAUUACUGAACCAGAGAAGACCUCUUAAAUCCGCAGUUCCGCAGAGCUGCUUCUGAUCUACCUCUUUCUGGCUCCUCCGCGACAUGGCCAUCGCCCGGGCCGUCCGAGCUCUGGCCCAAUUGGUGGCGGUGGAGAAAAGAGUUUCAGCUGAUUGCAUCUCUAGUUGAUAAUGUCAGGGGUAGCAAGUAAAGCAGUUUCACUUCC